AUGGGGACCUCUAAUUUCAGGUACACCCUUGAAAUCAAGGCAGUUUCGUGUGACGAGAUGUAUGUGGAUUUUACGAAGUUACUGAAUGAGAUGCGUAUUGGCGACGUAACGGCUUUCGCUGAGCAUCUACGUACAGAGAUAAAAUUGGAAACUGGUUGCACCGCUUCUGUUGGAAUAGGAAAAAACACUCUCAUAGCUCGCCUGGCAACACGCCAUGCUAAACCCGAUGGUGUUCGAUACGUGCCUGCACUUGAAUCAGAUUUUUUUGUAGCCAAUGAAAAAGUGAAGAAUUUGCCUGGGUUGGGACAUCAUACGUAUUCCAAGCUUAUCAGCAAUUUCGGUAAGCAACGCAUCUGUUAGCA